GGAGGAAUGGUGAAUGUUUUUGAGAGAAGGCAGUGGUUUGUUUGGGUCGAAUCUGGGUAACAAGUUUGCCUAUUUCUUGAUAUUUUUCUACGAGAUGGGUGCAAUUUGUCAAAAGCCGCGUACUCAGAAGCAAUAUAUAAAUAGUAGAAAGGCCAAACCCUACUCUUAGGAGAGAUCUUGUUGAGGUUCCAAAGGACGAGUGAUUUCUCUAGUCUUUUUCUGCUGAGUUUUUAUUUCUUCCAAUUAAAAAAAAAUAUACAAAUUGAAGACAAAAUACUGAGAGUAUUUGUCAUUUAGGUUUUCAAGAAAAAAUAAUUAACCUUUCUAAAAUUUGUCUCUUGGUCAAAUAAAAGUGCCAGAUUUGUCUUUCUUCUCUGUCUUUAUCUCUUCAUCUAUAUCUAAAUAGUUACUACAUCUUUUUUGAUUAAAAAAUUAAAAUGGAUCCGUCUGGUUCAGAUAAUUCUAUUUCUAAAAAUAUAUCUAUCCCACAAUGGAUGAGACCACGAAUGCAAGAUGGGUUUGACACAGAAAUCAGCUCAAUUUCACCCCCAAAUCAGGAUGAUUCAUUCUUCUAUAUACCAUAUUCAAAGUUAACAAAAGCCAACCCGCCUGGACCAGCAAUAGCGUGUACAUCAAGUGAAAAUUCACCCUCAAUUGGCACCUUUUCGGGAAGUGGAGCUUCUGGCUCCAGUUCCUUGGCAAACAAGCACACCUCACCUUGUUUGAAAUUCCUUGGAGAAGGAAAAAAUAUGGACAUUGCAGAUUUGACAGGAUUCUCAAAAGAUGACAAAAAGAUAUCCAAGCCAGUCAAGUCUUUUGGUACAGAUGAUGGGUUUAAAAGUGAAGCAGCUCAGUGUGGCCAUUCAGUUGUGCAGGUGGCACAGCAGAUGAUUGCAGAUCGGUUGAUUGGACGUCCUAACAAGUUUCACAAUGACAGUGACAAAAACAAUCUUGGUGAUCCUGAAAUCCAAUACUUAAAGCAGCGGGUUCGACGUGGGAGCAAAUCCUUGCCAGCCAGCCCCUUGUCAACACCAGAUUCAACCCCACAGAUUCAUCGCAAAAACAGAUUUUUUACUGGAGCAUUUGUUGAAACUCCUGAAGAAUCCUCAAGACAGUUCCCAGGCAGUUGGUUGGUGGCAGGGUUACUAGGGGUGCAACGAGAAAACUUCAGUGAAAGCCAAAAUGACUUGGCAUCGGACAGCAACAAUAAUGCAAGUCUUCAAACAAAGAAGGCACAUUCUCCUGAUGCUCUCCGUCGCAACAAUUCCUCUUCAAUGAUUUUACAGUCUUUGGACAAAAGUAAAUCUGAAACUGGAGGCGAAGGAAAAGAUAAGAAUGCCUCCCAUCUUCACGAAUCGAGGUCCGCAGCAUCUCUCAUCAAGAUUGGCAAUGCUGGAACAGACAAUACCGGGAAGAAACCUCGACCCAAACCCUCAGAACUACGGGAAAUGAACUUCUGGUCUCCCACAUCCAUGUAAAUUUAAAAAAAGCAGACUAGUAACAGUGGCUAUAAAAGUGUUGUUGUGACUAUCCUUGUAAUGUUUGAAAGAACUAAAAAUGACAAAUGGAAAAAGUAUUUUAGAUAAGGUUUUUAUUUUCUAUACAUUUUAUUUUUGUUCCUUUAGAAAAGGAUGAAUUUGCCAAGUGAAAACACAGACAUCUAGUACUCCCCUGCUUGGCAAUGUGCUUAAAGAGCUGUAACUUACAGCACUUAUAUUUUUGCUUAUUUUGUGUUAUUGCUUUUUACAGUUUUUGUUACUCUCUAAGUGCAUUAAAUGCACUCUAAUCGUAUUGGCUUCUCUUAUACCCUGCUCUUCAUCUAAUGACAUGAAGUACUUAAGUUUACUCUGGGCUGCUGUGACUUCUUUUGACCAUUGUAAGGUCUGUUUUUGUUCUCUCCAAUUUUCGUAAGUUGAUGUUUUUAGUGAAAGAAUAGUUAAACUUAAGAAUCCUGAGCUCAUUUACGUCCUAGGGCCUUAAGUAAAUCUUGCUGUUUUAUUUUUUGACUGUACUUCGACAUGUCAUUCUAUAUGUGUAGCUUUUGAAAUUUUUGUUUUGUGCCCGUGCAUUGCUCUCAUGCGUGUUUCCCUCUAUGUGUAUCCAUCAUUAUUUUUUUCUCAUAUCUUCUAUUCUGUUAGUAAAGUUAAUUUACAAGUCUAUUGGUGUAGGUGUUCCAUCUGUGUAAGAUUGAUAUUUUAAUAUCUUAAAGUACAGGACCUACUUUGCAUGCUACAAAGCUUUAGAAAGUUAAGCUAUCUUUGAAACUCAACCCCUCCCAAGAAAACCAUUUUAACUUGCCAGGGUGCUAGGAAGCUAUCAUAACUUGCACUGCACUAGAGAGACUGUCUUAACUGGGAAAAGAUAGGAUGGUUUCAUUUGGAGGGGUUGAAAUGUUUCUAUUCUAUUUGUUUCUCAAACCCUGCACUUAUGCAAGAGAUGCAUACGAUAAGUGCUGGUGUCCUGGAUACCGAAUGAAUGCAUUCAGAGUAAUUGGUUCAUAGAAGGUCCAUUGGGCCACAGGAAUAAAAAGUAGCUUCAGAUAA